AUGGGCGAUUUUAAUGUGCAUGUCAAAGUAGACGCUGAAAAGUGGAACAGCGUGAUUGGAAUAAAGAGCUCUAGCCACCUGAACAAUAACGGCAUUUCGAGCGUCGAAGAGUGCAUCAGUAUACGUGACGCUGAGUGUUUGACGUUCGCGUUAAAAAAGGCACAGAGCUAUCAACCGUCCAUCACCUUGUUGUUGAUGUGCUGCGCUGUAAGAAAUGGAAUACCGAGAGCGAAAUUUGCAAACAACGCUGCACGACUGUUUGAACAGAUCCCGGUGAUGACCAAUGAUACAAAAACCGAAUGGCAGCUCUUUAAGAGCGGAAUACUCGAGGAUGCUGCCGAUUGCUGCGGAUGUAAGCUAGUUGGCCUGCCGCCUAGAGGUCAGAAAAGAUCUUCGUGGUGGGCACGAGAGGUACAGCUGGCAGUUAAAGAGAAGAACGAAGCGUUCAAGAAAUGGCUUGGAAACAAAGAGCAUUCUACUCGCGUGCGAUAA